GAUGGAGACACCACUCCACAAGGCACUACUGAAAAGGCAAGUGACCGCCAUUGUCUUCCUGUUUCUAUUGUGGGAGGCAGGCAGUGUGACCAUUAAGUAUUCCGUUCUAGAGGAAACAGACAGGGGCUCUUUGGUGGGCAACCUAGCAAAAGAUUUGGGAUUGGGUUUAAGGGAUCUGGUCACCAGGGGCGCCCAGAUUCUUAACAAAGGGAACAAACAGCUCUUACAGCUGGAACAGAAGAGUGGAAAAUUGGUUCUGAAAGAAAAAUUGGAUCGGGAGGAGUUAUGCGGGAGCAUGGACCCGUGCAUCCUACAAUUCCAGGUGUUACUAAAAAGUCCAGUGCAAUUUAUUCAAGGGGAAAUACAGCUCCAAGAUGUAAAUGACCAUGCCCCAGAAUUCAUGGAAGAUGAAAUUCUCCUUAAAAUCCUGGAAAGCAGCCAUCCAGGGGCCAAGUUUCCAUUGAAAAUAGCUCAAGAUUUGGACGUAGGUAGCAACACAGUUCAGAACUAUACCAUCAGCACCAACUCCCAUUUCCACCUUCUCACCCGCAAUCACAGCGAUGGCAGGAAAUACCCUGAGCUGGUGCUGGACAACGCACUGGACCGGGAGGAACAGGCAGAGGUUAGACUAACACUCACGGCUCUGGACAGUGGGUCACCCCCAAAGACUGGGACUACCCAGGUUCUCGUCAUGGUCCUGGACAUUAAUGACAAUGCCCCAGAAUUUGCCCAGGGGCUCUAUGAGGUGCAGGUUCAAGAGAACAGCCCCGUGGGCUCACUUGUUCUCACUGUGUCCGCAAGAGAUUUAGAUGCUGGGACAAAUGCAGAGAUGACCUACUCGCUUUUUCAAGCCUCAAAACAAGUCCUUCGGGCUUUUGAAAUAAAUACAGACACCGGAGAAAUUAGAAUAAGAAAACUACUGGACUUCGAGGAAAUUCAGUCUUACCGCAUGGAAAUCGAGGCCUCUGAUGGGGGAGGACUUUCAGGAAAAUGCACGGUAGUAAUAGACGUGAUGGAUGUAAAUGACAACGCCCCUGAACUCAGCAUGUCAUUACUUAUCAGUGACAUUCCAGAAAAUGCUCCUGAAACUGUAGUCGCGAUCUUUGGAAUUUCAGAUCCAGACUCUGGAGAGAAUGGGGAAAUGGUUUGCUCCAUCCAAGACCGCCUUCCCUUCCUCUUGAAGCCUACUGAAGAAAAUUUCUACACCUUGAACGGAAUAACGAAGAGAGCGCUAGAUAGAGAAGAAAGAGAACAAUACACCAUCAUCAUCACAGUCACCGACCUGGGCACACCCAGGCUCACAACCCAGCACACCAUAACAGUGCGGGUCUCCGAUGUCAACGACAACGCCCCCGCCUUCACACAAACCUCCUACACCCUGUUUGUCCAGGAGAACAACAGCCCCGCCCUGCACAUAGGCACCAUCAGCGCCACAGACUCAGACUCAGGCUCCAAUGCCCACAUCACCUACUCGCUGCUGCCCACCCACGACCCUCAGCUGGCCCUCUCCUCGCUCAUCUCCAUCAAUGCAGACAAUGGGCAGCUGUUCGCGCUCAGGGCGCUGGACUAUGAGGCCCUGCAGACCUUUGAGUUCCGCGUGGGCGCCACAGACCAAGGCUUGCCUGAGCUCAGCAGCCAGGCGCUGGUGCGCGUGCUCGUGCUGGAUGCCAAUGACAAUGCGCCCUUCGUGCUCUACCCACUGCAGAACAUAUCUGUGCCCUGCACAGAGCUGCUGCCCAGGGGGGCAGCGCCCGGCGCCCCGGCUCCUGCUGUCCCUCUGCAUGUGCUGGUGGUGGAUGGCUUCUCUCAACCCUACCUGCCUCUGCCUGAGGUGGUGCGCGAAUCUUCACAGGAGGAAGAGAACUUACUCACGCUGUACUUGGUCAUUGCCCUGGCAUCUGUGUCUUCGCUCUUCCUCUUGUCUGUGCUGCUGUUCGUGGGUGUGAGGCUGUGCAGGAGGGCCAGGGCGGCCUCUCUGAGUGGCUGCUCUGUGCCUGAGGGACACUUUCCUGGACACCUGGUGGAUGUCAGCGGUGCUGGAACCCUCUCCCAGAGCUACGAGUAUGAAGUGUGUCUAACCGGGGAUACUGGGACUGGUGAGUUCAAAUUCCUCAAACCCAUGAUCCCCCAGCUGUUGCUUCAGGAUCCUGGGAGAGAAAUUAAGGAAAAACCCCACUUCAGGAAUAGCUUUGUAUUCAGUUAGCUCUUGUAUUUGAUUGGGUGAAUUUAUU